CACACACACACACACACACACACACACACACACACACACACACACACACACACACACACACACAAACACACUUCCACUCACUCACUUUCUCACUCUGCCACUUCUUCACUUCGUUUCCCGUUUGCCUCUGUGUUUCCACUGGACCCUAGUAGUCCAUCGUACUGCUCGUCCCAGCCAUACACAGCUAAACAGAAGCACCUUGGGUGAUUGGUCUUCAACUCUUAACAUCAGCCCUCACUAGACUCCCUCGGCUCGGAGAGGGUGCAAGUAGAGUAGGAUGUGGUCCACCUUCUACCACCAGGAUGAGGAGAGAGGAACCGCGGGCCCUGGCAUCCAGGGCGGUGCCAAGGCAGCAAUGGCAGGGGGUUUCGGUGCUGGUGGCGUCCGUGGACACAAAGGACACAAACGCAGGGCACACGUUUCCACCUCCUCCACGACCGCUGGCGGCACCGACGAGGGUGGGAUGAGUGACCGGCAGGAGAGCAAGAUCAAGCUGGCGUUCUUCGUGGCGAUCGUGGGCAUCGUGCUGAGUGUUCUCGGGGUGGGCACCGAAUUCUGGGUGGAGCUGGCGCCCCCCAAGAGCUUGUCGGUGAACAACACGUGCCUUGUGGCGCACUACGGCCUGUGGAAGAGCUGCACUAAGGCUGUCUGGGUGGCAGACGUCGACCCUGAGAGGGAGAGCUGUGGGCCUGCAGACAUGCCUGGAGAAUCAAACUGUACCUUCUUCAAGUUCUUCACCACCGGAGAAAAUGCUGUCCUCUUUCAAAAGACGACAGACAAGAAGCUGAGUCAGGCGUCAGGGCUGUUAGCCAUCUGCAGCCUCUUCAUGAUGGUCAUGGGAGCCGUAUGCAUCAGCAUGGCCAUCAGCAAACGUGUGCCUUUCUUCGUAAAGCCAGCCUCGGUCUGCUUCACACUGUCAGGUAUCCUGAUUCUUCUAUCAGUCAUCAUAUUCCACCAAUCAGUGCUGGCCUUGUUGGCAAGUGAUCACACAGUGCCGUUGCAUCAUGAGCUCUCGUGGUCUGUCAGCUGUGUGACCUGUGCUGGUACGCUGCUUUUAAUUGGAGGGAUACUCUUCUUGAUCCUAGCCCUGCCGUACAGUCCCUGGCAGAAAUGUAUGCCGAAUAAGGAUGCGGAGAGAUAGUUACUGUAGAACUGUGAAACAGGUAGGCUUUUAUAUGUGUUAUGUAUGCUGUAUGGAAUUAUUCUAUUCUAUUCUAUUCUAUUCUACUAUAUUCUAUUCUAUCCACAAGUUUCCUGGAGUGGUUACUGGGGAAAGGCAUUUACAGUGGACAAAGUUCUGAAGUGUCUUCGUUGUGAUCAAAUGGGCUCAGGUGUUUUGCGCUUUCAAUUGAAAGGCUCACCACGUUAUGGUCAUUGGUAUGGAUCUACACAUCUCCGGAACGAUGUGUGCAAUGGUAUGAUGUCAGGGCCAUUUACUGUAGCGCAAGGGAUCAUGAGGCCUAGGAAACUUGUGGAUUUAGAUUAUGUUCUAUUCUUCUCUAUCGUAUUCUAUUCUAUUCUAUUCUAUUCUAUUCUAUUCUAUUCUAUUCUAUUCUAUUCUAUUCUUUAUUCUGUAUGACGUCACACUGCAUAUCUUUCUACUUGAAGGUGUGUGUGGUGGCAGUUGAGUGACUUUGGAAUAGUGCAAAGAGUGAUUUUGUCAUGUUGAAUUUAAGGCCUGAAAGUCUUUAAGUGUUCUUUUUGUAUUUAUUACGUAAACAUUCCAUGUAUCUUUUUGACAGGUUAAUGUUGUUGUACUAUAUGUACCAAAUGAUUGUUAUUGUAGUAUGUUCAACGUGUCCUCUUCAAUGUUAUGGCUGGCGACCCCCCGUGCAUAGUAGUCUAAUGACCCCUGCGGCAUAAGGACACAACUGUCAUAAACAUGUCAUGGCAGAUGGCUUCUGACAACGUCAAGUGAUGGAUGUCAUUAGUUGACUGUAACUACGCAUCCUGGAGACGGAUAUGUAGUGGUGUCAUGGAGGGUCCUGAGUUACCAGGACCCCAAGAUUAAGCGGGGGGCCCCCACUAGGAGUAUGAAAUUGCAUGGGUCCCACUAGUUUGACGCCCUCUCGUGACUUCACAUGGUAAUCAAACAAGCGAUUUAAGGUUAGGGUUAGGGUUAAGGUUAGGGUUAGGUUUAGGGUUAGGUUUAGGGUUAAGGUUAGGGUUCGGGGUUAGGUUUAGGGUCGUAUGACGUAAGCGGUAAGUACCGAAAGGGCGUCGAACUAGUGAGUCCCAAAUUGCAUAGACUGCGGAAGCAGUGGCCUAGGGUGGGAGGAGGGGAGAGGCAUGACCCGGGGAAUAUUUUGAAAAUGUAUACCGUUUCAGAAUUAAUAAAAUGUACAGCCUUACAUGUAUAUCAGUAGUGUGUGAACUCUUUAUGUGUGUUGAGGUGAGUUGUCAAUGUCCAGCAGUGACACCAGAGAUAGUAGGAUUCUAAUAUUCCGCAUCCUGUUUUUCUCUCUGUUGACACCAUCUUGUGGUUAUUACGGCCCGCCUUGUUCAAAUGCGUUUUGUGGUCAAUGUGUAACUGUGCUAUGAUGGAGGGUUUUAGACCAUGGGAUUGUUUGUGCAUAGGCGCAAGGGACUGAUGCUUACUCCUGUUGAUAUGUUAUUACAACCAAGCAUUACAGUAAUCAUAUAUAUUUCAUAUCAUUUAUCGUUAAACAUACAGGCUUGCUGGUGAGCGAUCACAGCAAUAUGACACUACUUCAUGACUGGGCAGUGAGCACUGAUUGAUAGUGGGUUCUACAGAUUAUGUCAUGACAUGUUUAUGUUAACCUAAUAACUGUGACGGUUAUCCCGUCAUGCAGUGAUGUACCCAUGGCAUACUGUCAAUUAAUGUUUGAUACUGCUCCCUCAUACAGUAAAUAAAUCAGACUCUGUUCUUGUUGGUAUGUUGCAUUUGGAAAAGUCAUUUUAAUUAUUUUCUUUCCUAUAAUUUAGAACUUUGUAAUCUCAAAUGUCUUAUGUAUAGUGUAAUUAAUUAUUCAACAUGACAACAAUGAUGUAACACUUUAAUAAAUAUGGUCAAUUCACAAAUAAUACACUACAGCAACAAAGCACUUUACACUGAUAACAAAUGCAGUCUGAGCACCAGAAGGCGUGUGCGAAGACCAACCUUCAGGGCUACAAUGUUCAGCCAAAAUAGCAGAAUUGAUGUUCUAUAAAAUGUUUGUUGGUCUGUCAUUUCCUGACACGUCUUGUUUUGGGCAGGCCAAAUGAAAGAGGAUCUGUCAUCUACAUGUGAAUAAAAACACUGU